GGGUCCCGCUGACACCACGGGCUGACCUCCGGUAUAAAAGUGAGGGUUAAAUGGAGCAGGACAGCAGCAGCAGCUCACCUCCAAGCAAAAUGUCCACCACUGACAUGAGCAUGGGCAAGAUCAUCUUCUACGAGGAGAGGAACUUCCAGGGUCGCUCCUACGAGUGCAUGAGCGACUGCUCCGACAUGUCCUCCUACCUGAGCAGGUGCCAGUCCUGCCGGGUGGAGAGCGGCUGCUUCAUGGUCUACGAGCGCCCCAACUUCAUGGGCAACCAGUACUUCAUGAGGAGGGGCGAGUACUCCGACUCCAUGAGCAUGAUGGGCAUGAGCAGCGGCAUCAGGUCCUGCCGCAUGAUCCCCAUGCACAGAGGCCAGUUCCGCAUGAGGAUCUUUGAGAGGGAGAAUAUGAGCGGCCAGUCCAACGAGCUGCAGGAGGACUGCGAGAACAUCAUGGAGCGCUUCCGCAUGAACGACUGCAUGUCCUGCCAGGUGAUGGACGGCCACUGGCUGCUGUACGAGCAGCCCCACUUCCGUGGCAGGAUGAUGUACGUGAGGCCCGGCGAGCACCGCAGCUUCAGGGAGAUGGGCAUGAGCAACAUCAGCUUCAUGAGCAUGAGACGCAUCAUGGACAUCUGCUAGAUGCUCUCCUUUUGACAUUAAAACGACUAAAAAAAGACAUCCAUUGAA